UAUUUAUCUCAUGAGGAAGAAUAAUUUGACUUUGAUCGAUAACGCCGAAGAAAUACGAAAUAUCGAUCAAGAGUGCCAUAGGUUGAAGGAUUUGGAUGAAAAUAAAUGCGAUCCUUUUGAAGAUUGUGUAGAGAGAUUCCAGUGGAGUAUUACGGCCAGUUAUUAUAUGUGUUGGUUUACUUUAAAGGAGCAACCAGAGCUGAUGCAUUUCGGCGAAUCUUGCGAUAACUUCGCGAAUUGUCUGCAAAAUGGCGAUUCGACGACCAAUUACGAUAUUCGAGCCGACGACUCGAUACCUUUCCAAUGCGCCAUGUACAGUUUCUGCCCCGAUCCUUGUUGCUCGAGUAAGAGGCUGUUGCUGGCAAACGACUCGUGCCAGUUUACCGAUGGUAAUCCUUGCCGGAGUUUAAAUAAUCCAAAAUGCUCGUUCAACAAAACCUUGAACAGAUCGUUCAUUUCGGUUGUGUACAAUGAAUGGAAUGUUAGCUGCGUUUGUCAAACAGACGGAUAUAGAUGGAAUUCCAGGUAUGGGCAAUGUGUUGAUCAUAACGAAUGUCGUCAUCCUAAUCCUUGCGAUACUCUCACUGAAGAUUGUAUAAAUGUCAAUGGAAAGUUUCAUUGUUCGUGUAAAUUGAAGUACAAAUGGUCUUCGAAGGAGGAAAAAUGCGUGGAAAAUGAUGUACUGGUCAGAGCAAUGAAACGAUUUAGUGGUGCUGAUCUUGAUGGAGGUCAUUGUACGAGACCGAAUAAUUUGCUUUGUUUGAUCUUAGGUGGAGUGUUUUUGAUGGAAUACCUUACGAAUAAAUUGUGGCUAUUUUGAUUGUCGUUGAAUGUUUAUUUUAGGAUUAUUCUGAGUUUGAUCAAUUUUUGCAUCAUUAGGGAUGUUUUUUCUACCUGCGCUGUGUUUUUUUGGGGAGGAGGGGGGAUUUUUCGAUUUGGAAAAAAGAAAUACGAAAUUUUAUUUUAGCUUUAUUGUCAUAAAAAGGUUUUUUUUUGUUGAAAUAAUAAUUAUGUACCUAUGUAUUCUCAUAAAAAUCAUUUUGCCUAAUCAAGUGUGUUUUUAAGUACAUAACAGGUAGAUAUAGAAAAAAAUUGAAGAGAUUGGCAAGACACUGAGUUAAUAAAUAUUUGAACUGUGUGACCUCGAAUUAUGGGA